AUGGCGGGAUUCCGGAAAGUCUUUCAUCGUCAGUCGACCGAAGAUGCUGUCACCACGGUCAACGUGAGCUCUGAGGAGUCCAAGACUGAGUAUGAUCGCAAGGCCACGGCUGAUUCCGACAAUGCCAGCUCGGAGAAUGCUGUCAACGAGAAGGGUGCCGUUGAUACCGAGAACCCUGUGGUUUCCGAGCCUGAGCACCAGGGUCCUGUCUUUGAGGCCCCGGAUGAGAAUACACAGCGUGGUGUUGCCGAUAUGGAGGCCAUGACCCAGACUUGGUCGCGGCGGUCGCUGAUUGCAGUCUUCGUCAACAUCUGGCUGCUAUACUUUAUCAAUGCCUUCCAAAGCUCCGUCCUGAGCAACCUGAUUCCCUACCUGACAAGUGACUGGGAUUCUCACUCCUUGCUAAGUGUCAUCUACGUUGUUGCCGAUGCCAUCACUGCUGCUUGUUAUGUUCCGCUUGGUAAGAUUAUGGACAUCUGGGGUCGUGCCGAGGGUUUCGCCUUCAUGGCAUUCUGCUCCACCGUUGGAUUGAUCAUGAUGGCGGCUUGCAACAACUUGCCCACUUUCUGUGCUGCCUACGUGUUCUACACUCUCGGUUUCAGCGGUAUGACCUAUACCGUUGAUGUCCUGACUGCCGAUGCGUCCAUGCUCAAGAGUCGAGGUCUUGCAUACGCUUUCACCUCCUCUCCCUACAUCAUCACCGCGUUCGGUGGAGCUAAAGCUGCCAAUGAUAUCCUCGACCAGAUUGGCAUGAAGUGGGGUUUCGGUGUCUUCGCCAUUGUCUUCCCUUUCGUCGCUGCUCCUCUAUAUUUCAUCCUGAAGUACAACCUGCGCAAGGCCGUCAAGGCCGGUCACGUUGUCAAGGCUUCCAGCGGCCGUACUCUGCAGCAGAGCAUCUGGUUCUAUAUUGUUGAGUUGGACAUCCUUGGUCUUUUCCUCUUCUCCGCCGGUCUUGUCCUCUUCUUCCUGCCCUUCGAUAUUGCCGGCAGUGCCCCGAACAGCUGGGGCACUGACUACAUUAUUGCUAUGAUCGUGGUUGGCUUCUGCCUGCUGUUUGUUUUCCUCAUUUACGAGUGGAAGUUUGCUCCCAGACGUCUAUUCGAAUUCGGCUUCCUCUGGAACCGCACUGUUCUCGGUGCCUGUUUGCUGGACGCUACCUACCAGCUUUGCUACUACUGUUGGGACUACUACUUCUCUUCCUUCCUGCAGGUUGUCAAUGACCUCACCGUUGCCGAGGCUGGAUACGUCAGCAACAUCUUCGACAUUGUCUCUGGUGUUCUGCUGCUCUUCGUUGGUUUCCUGAUCCGCCGCACCGGUCGCUUCAAGUGGCUCCUUUGGAUUGCCGUGCCCCUGUACAUCUUCGCCCAGGGUCUGAUGAUCUACUUCCGUCGCCCCAACCAGUCGGUCGGCUACCUCAUCUUCUGCCAGGUCCUCAUCUCCAUCGGUGGUAGUGUGUUCAUCAUCAUCGAACAGCUCGCUAUUCUCGCUGCCGUCGACCACCAGCACGUCGCCGCCGUCCUGGGUCUGCUUAAUGUCGUCGGUACCGUCGGUGAUGCCAUUGGUGCUACCAUCUCCGGUGUCAUCUGGCAAAACACCUACCCCAACGCCCUCCGCAGACUCCUCCCCGAUUCUGCGAUGGACAACUUCGAUAACAUCUACGAGGAUCUUACCACCCAGCUCAGCUACCCCGUUGGUAGCGCCACUCGCAUUGCUAUCCAGCAGGCUUACGCGUACGCCCAGACCCGCAUGUUGGCUGUCGGAACUGGUGUCUUCGCUCUUGCUUUCAUCUGGACCAUGAUGAUCCGCAACAUUGAUCUUCGCAAGGUGCCCCAGGUCAAGGGAAUGGUCUUCUAA